UCCGUCUCCCUGCCUUUCCCACCCCUGCUUCUGUUUGUUUAAACCCCAGUGUGGGCAGCGCGCUGGGAUCAGACUCAGAACCAUGUUGUUCCUGACUCCAGUCUUGGUCGCGGUUCUCUGCAUUUUGAUUGUGUGGAUCUUUAAAAAUGCAGAUAGCAGCAUCCAGAGAAAGAAGGGGGAGCCUAGAGCCAGGACGGGAUCUCGCCCCUGGGUGGAUGAAGACUUGAAAGACAGCACUGACCUCCACCAAGCAGAAGAAGAUGCUGAUGAGUGGCAGGAAUCAGAGGAAAACGUCGAACACAUUCCAUUCUCCCAUAGCCGCUAUCCCGAGAAGGAAAUGGUUAAGAGAUCCCAGGAAUUUUAUGAACUUCUCAAUAAGAGACGGUCAGUCCGGUUCAUAAGUAAUGAGCAAAUCCCGACGGAGGUCAUUGACAACGUCAUCAGAGCCGCAGGGACAGCCCCCAGUGGGGCACACACAGAGCCCUGGACCUUCGUGGUUGUGAAGGACCCAGACAUGAAACACGAGAUUCGCCAGAUCAUCGAGGAGGAAGAGGAGAUAAACUACAUGAAAAGAAUGGGGCACCGAUGGGUUUCGGACCUGAAGAAACUGAGAACCAACUGGAUUAAAGAGUACUUGGACACCGCCCCUGUUUUGAUUCUCAUUUUCAAACAAAUACAUGGUAUCGCUGCGAACGGCAAGAAGCGGGUCCAUUACUACAAUGAGAUCAGCGUCUCCAUCGCCUGUGGCAUCCUCCUAGCUGCCCUGCAGAAUGCAGGACUGGUGACUGUCACUACCACUCCUCUCAACUGUGGUCCUCGUCUGAGGUUACUCUUGGGCCGCCCUGCACAUGAAAAGCUGCUGAUGCUGCUCCCCGUGGGAUACCCCAGCAAAGAUGCCACAGUGCCCGAUCUCAAACGGAAACCUCUGGAGCAGAUAAUGGUGACGGUGUAGGCCGGAGCCCUUCAGGGAGCUGUGUGAGGAUAGCGUCCAGGCUCCUCUCUGUGGCUCUGCCUGCUCCUCUCGGGUUCCUUGCUGCUCUCCUGUGUGUGGGGUUCCCCUGCGCUCCACUUCAAGGGGUGGCCACUCUGUGUGUCAAGAAACCUGUCCAUACUCUUCACCACUUUGAGUCUAGUAAGUCCCGUUCCUUACCCAUUUUGGAAAUGCAUUGACACCUGAUAAAAAACAGGCCCUGAUUUUAAAAUCUUUUAAAUUAUUCUGGAAAAUCACGGCUGACUUUUUUCUUUUAUUUUUUAAAAACUCAUAUAGAGGAAGGACUCAACAGAAAAUUUAAUGUAGUUCUAAGAAUUCAGCAAUGUGAUGACUCUUGAAUUUAAAUUCAGACUCACCAAAUGGCUUCCCGCCCUCUGAUUUCUGGAAGCUUUUAGACAAAGGGUGUGCUUUUGGUAUAUAAUCUUUAACUGAACUUCAGGGAUAUUCUGCCAGUUUUAAGAAAGUAACCAUCAGAAUAAUGAAAAUGUCAUCCUCACAGGACCCGACAGGGCAUGCUUGGGUAGCCUGGGUCUGCUGGUGGGCAGUCGCACUGUCUAGUGGUAUGUUGGAGCUGGCUUGUAGCAGUUGGUAGAAGCUGUUCAGUAUGGUGAAACUCCCAUAGUUGACCACCUCCUUAAGUUGACCUAGUUUUCAUAGACUGGCCAGGCACCACAUGCACAAAGCAGUGCAGUAGGCCUCGUUCCCCAUGCUGACCAUCUCCAUAUCUGAACUAGUUCGUUACAAUCCCUUGGAUGGUCAACUUACAGGGGUUCUCUUAUAUUUGAGAAUUUUGCAAGCCAGUUGGUUUAAGUAUUAAACAAUUAUAGCCUGAAAUUGCCCAUGGCGGGGGUGGACUGGGAGUGUUUACACCGCAGCAAUCAGAAACCAGUACAAUUAGGACUUGCUUCCUUUUUCUUAAAGAGACGGUUUACACAUGACUGACUGUGUCUGCCUCCUUUUCUACUCUGCCCAUGAAACAGACUUCUGGCUUUUCUCCAAAAGCUGUACAUGAGAGCACAGCUUUGUGGGAUGGAUGGGGUCACAGGUGCCGUUGACUUCUUCCUUCCGGGGUGUCAUGCCCACGGGCACACUCUUACAGGUCGGGUAAUUUCUCAUCAAGCAACUCUGCUCACCUCUUGAUCCUCUUCCUCUGUCCCUUUUUUUCUUCUAUUUUUUUCUCUCACAGUUCCCUUAAGAAAAAUCUCCCUUGCCUUUUUUCAUUCCAUUUGUGAGUCACGCAAUGCAAGAAAAUCCUUUGGUAUCAUUGAUAAGAGCAGGAACUGGUGAUAACCCUGUAUCAGACCAAGAGAAGACCUUCUUUGCCCUAAUUAGACAUUACACAAACAGCUUCUGAGGGCCACUGAAAUACCCAAAAGUCUCUUUUGGAACCCCCCAAAUCUAUCUAUGCCUUUGUUUUUAUGCAACCAUUCUUUUCUCUAAGUCUACACAUUUUAAUAAAUACAAACUUUCUUAUA